GGACCCUACAUUGUUGAGCCCAGCCUCCUCUCUAACUGAGGCAUCUGCCAGAUCCCCAAGCUAGAGGGCCAGCAUCUUUGUCAUUGAGUCCCUGCUCUGCAGAAACACCAGGAAGUCAUUUCUGGUGAGGACCAUGUCCCUGUUUCCAUCACUCCCUCUCCUUCUCCUGAGUGUGUUAGCAGCAUCUUACUCAGAAACUGUGACCUCUGAGGAUGCCCCAAAGACCUGUCCCGCGGUGAUUGCCUGCAGCUCUCCAGGCAUCAACGGCUUCCCAGGAAAAGAUGGGCGUGAUGGCACCAAGGGAGAAAAGGGGGAGCCAGGCCAAGGACUCAGAGGCUUGCAGGGCCCUCCUGGAAAGUUGGGGCCUCCAGGAAAUCCAGGGCCUUCUGGGUCACCAGGGGCCAAGGGCCAAAAAGGAGACCUUGGAGCCUGUCCAGAUUGUGAUAGUAGCCUGGCUAACUCAGAAAGAAAAGCUCUGCAAAGAGAAAUGAAUCUUAUCAAAAAGUGGGUAACCUUCUCUCUGGGCAAACGAGUUGGAAAGAAGCUCUUCCUGACCAAUGGUGAAACAAUGACCUUUGACAAAGUGAAGGCCCUGUGUGCCCAAUUCCAGGCCUCUGUGGCCACCCCCAUGAAUCAGGCAGAGAACACAGCCAUCCAGAAUCUGGUCAAGGAAGAAGCCUUCCUGGGCAUCACUGAUGAGGAGACAGAAGGGCAGUUCGUGGAUCUGACAGGAAGAAGAGUGACCUACACAAACUGGAACGAGGGUGAGCCCAACAAUGUCAAUUCCAAGGAAGACUGUGUAAUGCUCCUGAGAAGUGGCCGGUGGAAUGAUAUCCCCUGUUCCUCCUCCCUUCUGGCUGUCUGCGAGUUCCCUGUCUGAAGGGUCCCAUGACUCGAGCCCCCCUUGUCUUUUUACUGUAACCUACAGGCCCACAGUCUGUUUGGAAAGAUAAAUUUUGUCAAUUUCCCCAUAUCCAAUGUUGUUGUUCCUUUGUGGGCAAUCACUAAAAAUGAUCACUAAUAGCACCACCACCAAUAAAGCAAUAAUAGAAGUAGUAAGAGUAGCAGUAGUAGUAGUCAUACUAAUUAUAUUUUUAAUAUAUACUAUGAGACAGACACUAUCUUUUGUAUACUACAUUAAUUAUCUAGUUUAAUUAAGCUAUAGUAUUUUUUAUAGUGUUCUCUUGCUGCAAUAUAAAAAUAAGAUGGAUUUAUUUUUCCAUUUACAACAAACCCCUGUGCUCUGUUGAGCCUUCCUUUUUCUUUGGGUUGAAGGCUCCCUAAUGACA